AUAUCCAUGCGUUUUCCCGCAUGGUGACCUCUUCCCGGUGUAAACAUACAUCGUAACUUACAAUUCUUUCCAGUCAUCCACCGGGCUUAUUUCCUAUCCGAUAAAUGGUAAUUCAGCACGGUAUGUCGUUAUAUUCAAUAUAAUUCAAUGUAUUUUUGAUUUGUCUUUGGUCCAUUAUAAUGAGGUUGUAGUUAACUUUAACCAUAAUGGCCAGUAUAGGAUUUUUCAUGUUGUACAGACUAACACGUAUUGCCACAGCCAUGCCAGGAUAUCACAAAAACAAGGGUAUUUUCAUGCGUAUACAUUCAAGUACAAUGGACAUACAACGUUUUUCAACAGGCUGUUUGAAAUGCAACAAUGAUUCCAGAUACAACUCUGAUCCAUCACUGCUAAAUACCCAACUGGUAUCCAAACUGUCGAGAAAGAGAUCCCUCUCUCCACUUGAGAGAGUCAGUAGCCUGCUUCCCCAGGAUGUACUGAGCCCUGAGGUGACGCAGCUGAGAGAACAGUGCCAGCCACUUGAAGAGGAUGUAUGCAUGCAAAAAGAGCAUGCUGAUAUUUUGUCCACGCAAGAGCAAGGUACCGUAUUGGACUCAAGAGAUGAAUCACUGUUUAAACAGCACGAUUCAGAUGCAAGCGAUGAGUGGGAUGUACAUGCACAGUUGGACACAUCAAAGACACCAUUAAGUGCAAAACAAUGUAUGUCACCUACACUCCCACGAGAGACCACACUUUCAUACGGGGAGCAGUUAGUGGCGAUUUAUCAUGGGAAAAAGCAUGCGGAGUUCAGGAAGAUGUUCCAGCUUCAGACAGGAGCACGUCUGAACAGCAACUUGGGGGUUGUCCUGCAUGACGACAUAGCUGGGCACCCAGCGGGCCAUUUCCAGAAGUCAAACCGAGGGUUUCCUAUCUUCAUACGACGUGCCAGUUUGGAUGAGUAUGUGCUGAGUAUGAAGAGAGGUCCAGCUAUCUGCUACCCAAAGGAUGCCAACACUAUGCUGAUGAUGAUGGACGUCACAGAGGGAGACUGUGUGCUGGAGUCGGGCACUGGUUCUGGGGCCAUGUCUCUGUUUUUGUCUCGAGCAGUGGGCUCCAUUGGCAGCGUUUUGAGCAUUGACGUCCGACAGGAUCACCUCAAACAAGCCAUGCUCAACUAUCAGCGUUGGCGGGCCUCGUGGAGAGCGCGGCGUGGGGAGGAUUGGCCUGACAACGUUCAGUUCCAUAACGCUGACCUAUGCACGGCGAUGUCACUUUUGGCCGGUCAGGCAUUCAAUGCGGUUGCUCUUGAUCUGUUAAACCCACACCUUGUUUUACCGACGGUGAUUUCACAUCUGCACCCUGGCGGUGUAUGUGCCGUCUACCUUGCCAAAAGACACACGGUAGAGAAUGGAUGGAAUGAUGGAUAAACUGACGGCAAUGUUGGAAUAAAAAGCUACACUGGCAGAACAGCAUCCUCACCUGGUUGAAAAAAGGCACGUUAGACCUUGCACUACAUCAUGCAGAACGUAUCACAUUUUUUUCGACUUAUUAGUCCUACUUUAUUCCGUAAAACCAGCAUCCUCUACAGUAGACUAUUGAUUUUGUCCUAUUUAUUUUUUACAAGAGUGCUCUGCUGCUUUUAAGCAGUUUCUGCAAUAAUCUAGUCAAAGAUCUUCUUCAUGACAGUACUCUAGUGUUCUUAAGGACCCACUGGAGGACCCGUGUUCUAUGUUUUCUAGCAAGGUUAAAUGUCAAUGCAAGGAUUUGCCAAUGCGUUUACUGAGGUUCAAGUUCCUGUAUACGACAGGAGCACUCUAGUGUUUUUAGGAAUUUGCUGCAAAAAUGUUUUGUAAAAAGUUUUGAACUAAUCUCGGCGGGCCAGUAUGGUGUCAUUCCUAGGCCGGAUUCUCCCCCUGCGCUGCCAGUUUAUUAGCACUGAACUACACAGUUUAUGGUGAUCUUAAUAUUGUAUUCUUACAUCUGUGUGCUUGUCUCAAAACAGAGGGUUCUCCUUCACCAGUCAUGUUGUUCACUACAAAGAUAUUUAGUGUGGUAAAACACAUUGGGCCUGAUUUACUCAAGGUUUGCAUGUACUAAACCACGUGCAAACUUGAUAGCACACGCAAAACUAAUCUACUAAACGUUUGCAAAGUGAAUUGCAUCUGUUAAGUUAGCAGUGUAAGGCGUUCAAUUUAUUUAGUGUCUGUAUUCAUUAAUAUGCAAAAUAUAUGCUGAUGCAUCAAAAUGCUUACAAUACUGGGAGGAGAAUAUACAAAUAUAAUUAGCACGUACAAUGUCAUUCAUCAACACUUAUCUAAUCACCGUUUUGCAUUUUAUUUACCGUAUUUUUCGGAGUAUAAGUCGCACCUGCCGAAAAUGCAUAAUAAAGAAGGAAAAAAACAUAUAUAAGUCGCACUGGAGCCCGGCCAAACUAUGAAAAAAAACUGCGACUUAUAGUCCGAAAAAUACGAUAGCAUAUGUGGGAAGGGCGUGGAAACUUGUAAACGGCGCGUGCAACAGCAAAGGCAGGCAACAAACAUGACUGUAGACACAAAGUUAAAUCAUGAAAUGCAACCUGACCCUUGCAAAAACGAUGCAUAUUUAUUCGGGAGAGUCUUAUUACCAAUUUCCUUGAUCCAGCCACACACAAAGAAAUUGCAGACCUCCAUGCUUUUCCAAGUUUUCAUCUGUUUUGUCAUGUAGAAUGGCCUUUGGAGCACACAAUAGUUUGACAACUGCACCGACAAAUAAUACUUUAUCACUCGACAAAUCUUUUUUUUUUUUGAUAAAGUGUAUGGAUCUAUUCCAUUGCAUAUAUUUUUUUUUCAAAUCGGCUUUUUGCAGGAAGAUAUUGGCCCCCUGUGUACUCAGAUAGUACGCGCACUGCUCGCUGUACAACAGCCAUCUUAGCUUAGUUGACCACCACUGGUUUUCACUUCCGGGAAAAAUAUAUUGUCUGAAUACAAGCAAUUCAAUAUCAUUAUUUUAUCAUUUUAUUGCUGCUAGAGGAUUUAGAAAGGCUGAUUAAAACAAUUGUAAUUGAUGUGUUUUGGUGUCCUUUAUUUUUUAAUGAUGUUUGUGUUUUUAACAACUAAUAUAUAUUAUUAACAUAUUUCUCAUACGAAAAAAAAAGCGGAGUUAGUGCAGCCUCCCUCUAAUGAGCGCACCUUUUAAGCGGUAAAAAAAAAAAGUGGUUUCAUUGUAGAUACACUGCAGGACUGCUUUUAAAAUGCCCAUGCGAAGUUGUACAUGUCUCCUGCUGGUGAAAACACAGCAAAACGACACAAGGGAAGCAUGAUAACAUGGAUCUGCUGAGAGUGUCUCUGUGGUGAUGCCCCGUACAGCCCACAAAAAAAUUGCAUUUAAAUAAGGCCGUCUGCACACUUUUGCACUUUCAAUUGCACUUUCACUACCGCCCGAAUGCAGCUGAGAUAGGUUCCAGCCACCCCCCGCGACCCCGAAACGGACAAGCGGUAGAAAAUGGAUGGAUGGAUGGGGUGUUCGCAAAUCACACGCAACACGCAGACUAAUAGUAUACAAUAUUUUAUAGCGCAAGGUAUUUGUAUCUUAGUAAAUCGGGCCCACUGAUCGUUUCUUUUCUUUCUUGUU